GUUCAGAAUCUGAAGUUUCUCUAAUCAAAAUGUACUCGGUCUGGAUUUGCCGCGGGCCAUAUAAAUAUCCUGUGGUUCUUCCUGUAGAUCCAACUAUUAAAAACAUCAAAGAAAAGAUUAGGGACAACAUGCACCUUAAAAUUCCAGAAGAGAACCAACAGCUAUUCUACAAUGGUACCCUGCUGAAAGAUAAUGAAAAAGCUGCAAAUUAUGGAAUUGGAUCUAGUUCUGAAAUCCAGCUUAUUGUUAUUAGGAAUGUGAAUCUUAAAUAUGAGACCGGAAUGUUUCGUGUGGCGAUUCCGUCCCACGAAUUGGUUUUUGAACUCAGAAGCAGAGUUGCAAGCAUGCUUCGUACUCCACCGGAGACUGUGGUGCUCAUUCACAAUGAUACAGAGUUGCAAGAUUACCGAAACAUCUCAACUAUUCCGGUUCAGGAUACUGUUUCUGCCGUUAUCUUAUAUCGGAUUAAAGUUAUGGAAUUAAGAUUAAGAUGCAGUUAUCACGUAACAGUCCAUGCGAUGAUGACAAUUGCAGAGGUGAAGCAGAAACUUAGACAACAUGGUCUUGACGAUACAAACCUGACACUGCUACUCGAGUCGGGAAAUUCUCUUGAUGAUCAUGCAACUUUGAAGGAUUGUGGAAUUGAUCGAGCUGAAACCUUAAUCUAUGCACGUGAUGGUGGAUCUUAAGUAGAUUUAUGUUGGUUUUAUCAUAUAAUAUGAGCAAAAUAAAAGUUAUGCAUGUUUGCUUAUUUCAAUAAAGAAUUUAUAACUAUGCU